GAGAUGAAUUAUCUUUAGUGGAACCUAAUGAUUAUGUUAAGCUUGGUGUUAUCAUUCCUAACCCAAGACUAACAGACAUUGAAAAAAAUGGAAGUAUAGCUGAACUACUUCCAUAUAUUCGUCAGAAAGUUAAAAUCUUGCUUACCUCUGCUGAAUGUACCGUAGUUCAAGAUAUUUUUCAGACUUUAUCUCAAUUUCCAAUCACAUUUCCUUUAAUAACUCCCAAAUUGAAUGAAGAAAAGGAAUUUAAUGUGAUGCUUCCUUUAUAUACUGGACCAGUCAUAAAAUGGGAAUCAAGUCCUGGAACAAUAAUUGAAAACCGCCUUUUUAGUGAUCCAUUCAAAUUAAUCGUUGCCAUUCGCAUUGGAAAACAUUCCCCAGGAAAAAGUACAAUUCUUAAUCGUUUAAUGACUUCUGAUUACAUAUUCUCUUCAAAAUGUGAUCCGGGUGCAAAAUUUGGAGUUCCAUAUAUGGUUAGUGGAAGUGUAGAGUUUACUUGGUUGACUCAAGAAACUUGUAAAAUGGAUUUAUGGAACGAAGUUUUUAAAGAUUAUUAUCAAAAAGAAGAAAAAGAAAUCGUAUUACUUGCAAAUUUACAUGGCCAUGCCUUAGACUAUCAAGACCAAAUUCUAUUUUUAAAUCAACUGUCUUCAAGUUUCAUAAUUUUUAUAAUGCCCGAUUAUACAAAAGAUCAAAUAAAUAACCUUGAAGCUCUAAUCGGUUCUAAAAAAAAUAUAUAUGUAUGUGUAAAUCAUAAAAUCAAAAAAGGAAUUGAGGAAAGAGAUUGCAUAAUUAUUAAUACUGAAAGAUUGAUUGAAGAUCGUACACUAGGCAGAGUGCGCAAGAUGUUUAAAAAGGCCAUAAAUUUAAAUUUUGAUAGUGUUUCAUUCAAUAUUGAUGAAUUGGAAUUAGGAAAGUCACUUAAAAUGGUUGAAGGAAUAGAAUAUCCUGAGUCACAAGAGUUGAUAAAUUUCGUAAAGACAAAAACUUGUCAAUAUACUAAACUGAAUAUCAUGCAACUUCAAAAAACAAAUGAGAAUCGUUCGCAUACUUGGCAAAAUAAUGAUGAAUUGAAUGAAUUGGUAAGAUUAUAUACUAACAUACUUACAUUACCUCUUGAUAAAAGAAGAAGAGCUCUGGCACAUAUUGAAAGAGAAAUAUCCAGAAUUUCUAUAGAAGAGUCAUCUAAAUCUCGAAAUAAAGCUAUAUCAAAAAGAAUAGAAUUAUCUCAGUCUGGUUUGGUUGAUAAGGAUAAGGAAAGUGAAAUGAUUCAAAAUGAAAUUAGAAGCCUUUGGGAAGAAGUGGAUAAUAAAAGUUUAGGUUUAGAACAUUUUUAUCGUGUAUUAGGACAAUUAUAUAAAAUUAGAAUUAGUGAUUUAAAUGACAUAAAUUUUUUGAAACUACCUGAACUUUAUGCAGAGUUAUUAAUUGGUGGUCACACUAUAGAAUUGCUAAAUGGUGAUGCAGGUACCAUACCAGAAGCUUGGUUUUCAGCUAUUUGUAAUCAUGUUUGUAAAAGGUUUAAUAAUCUUCGGGUUUAUGUGAUCAGUAUAAUUGGAUUACAAUCAUCUGGCAAGUCAACCCUCUUAAAUGCACUUUUUGGAUGCAGAUUUUCUGUUUCAGUAGGACGUUGUACCAAGGGUCUUUUCAUGAGAUUACUAUUCUUAGAAGAAGAUUUAUGCAAUCAACUCGGUGUAGAUGCAUUUAUCGUGAUUGAUACUGAAGGUCUUGGCUCACUUGAAAAGAUAGAAUCAGAAAAGAAUGAUAGAAUAUUAGUAACGUUUGCGAUGGGUAUAAGUAAUUUAACAAUUAUAAAUGUACUCGGAGAAUCAAUGAGAGACUUGACAGAGAUGUUACAAAUCGCAAUAGUUACAAUGGCACGUCUUGAAAAAGCUGAGAUUGCACCUGACAUUAAAAUGGUACAACAUAUUUCAGAACGAAAUAAAGCAAAAUUAUCCGAACCAGAAGAAAAUUUUCGUACAGCUCUACAGGAAGCUUUGAGAAUAACUAAAGAACAAGAUAUGGAGAUGGGAAUAUUUAAUGCAAAGUGUCUUAAAAUUCUUGAUAAAAGAAUAAAAGAUGGUAAAUUUCUUAAACAAUUUCGACCAUUUAAAAAUGGGUCCACUGUACAUGCGCCACCAUCGGAACAAUAUCAUGAAGACGUUGUUGAUUUAUAUAAUUCUAUACUUGACGAUUGCAAAAAUUUACAAAGAAAAUUUAAAUUUAAUGAAUGGUAUACAAUAAUGCAAAGUUAUUGGGGUGCAGUGUCACAUGAAGAUUUUGCUGUACGUUUCAAAAAUAUCAAAGAAAUAUAUAAAUUUAUUGAGCGUGGAAAAUAUAUAGACGAAGUAAAAGAAGCAAUCAGUAAGGCAUUUUUAAAACAUGAGGAACAAAUCAUGCAAGACAUUCGGGCUAAUCUCCAGGGAUGUUCAUGUGAUGAUAAAUCAAAUGAAAACUCGGAUCUCCGUAGUCAACUUUUACAAAUGAUUGAGAAGGAACUAGAAAAUAUUAUUUUUUACAAAAUACAAAGAGCUAAUGACUGUGAGGAGUGUAAAAAGGCAAACAAUGAAAUAAACAAAUUUGAUCAGUAUCUAAAAGAAGAGAAUAAUCCAAAGCUUUUCACGGAAUGCAAGCAAACAAUCGACAAUUAUAUUGAACUUAAUCGUCGAUCUGCAUCAUCAAAGCUUGUGCAUAUAGUAGAAGCUGGCUUUCUUCAAAAAGGUUAUUCGUCACAAUUUUUAAACACUAUUAAUAAAGCCUUAGAAGAUAUUAGAAAUGCAUCAAAUAGAAAACUUUCUGAUGAUGAAAUUGAGCCAAAAAUUGCAGAGACCUGGGAUUUGUUGCGAAAUAAUACAUUAUCAGCAUACCCAGUCAAAUCAGUAGAGAAUUUAAUAUAUCUUGAGGUCAAAUCUAUAUACUCAAGUUGGUGGAAUUCGCCAAUUGAAAGUGAAUACAAAAAUGGAACACUUCCAGAUUUACACGGUAAUUUAGUAAAACUAGUUUUACAAAAACAAGAUAUUGAUACUAUCGAAGAAAGGCUUGAUAAUUUGACGGAUUUAAUUUUAAAGGGAAAAUCUCAACAUUUUUAUAAUGGAAUAGUGAACGAUCUCAAAAAUAAAACAGAAGAAACGCUCUCUGAUUUUGCAACCAGAACUAUCCCCAUUUUUAAACGUAAUGCACACAUUUAUUCCUUAUUGAAAUUUAAACAAAGAUUAACAGAAUACCAGAAAAAAUGGGAUGAAGAACAUCAUCCACUUUAUAUACUUGAUCAAAAAAAAGAAGAAUACUUUAAUAUUAUUAGAGUUCGACUUCAACAUGAAUCUACGCUUAUUUCCGAAGCAUAUAUUGUUGCAGACUAUUUAUUAAGAGUUAUUCAUAAAAAAGCAAUGAAAGCAGGGAACCAUGCACUAAAAGAUGCGGUGAAUAAGAUUCCAUGGAUGACUAGUACAGAAACAGUUAGAUUAAAAUAUUUUGAAGAGCUUUCUAUUGAGGUUCAAAAUGCCAAUAAAGAAAUUGCUUUAAAUCAUUUCAAAAACCCGAAAUAUCAUAUUGAAAAUUGGUUUAAAUUCACUGUUGAUAACGCUGUAGAAGAAAAUCCAGUGCAGAAAUAUAAUGAUGCUUAUAGUAAAGAAAUAAAACGAGUCUAUCAUGAUAUUUGUAACUGUAAUGAUUAUAAAGAAAUUGAAUUAUUUGUAAAUAAUUAUAUGACACAAGUUGACAAAAUAGACUACAAAUGUAAUCUUGGAGAUUCUAUAAUACUUAAAGAUUUCAAAACUUUUAGUGACAUUAUUAUAAAAGAGAUUAAUGACAAAAUAAAGGAGAUUGGUGACAAUAUGGAUAAUUGUUAUUCAAACCAAAAAAAUAAAGAACCGUUUCAAAAACUAUCUGAAGAUAAAUCCAUUAUGAAAAUGCUUGGAUGCACUGAAAGUUGCUACUGGUGUGGUGCUUUAUGUUGGGGAUCUUUAGGUCAUCACGAAAAUAGUGAUGAUUCGAAAAUACAUCACGCCAGUCAUCAGCCACGUGGUUUUAGAGGAACAAAGGACCAAGGAACAGGAGAGCUUAUACCAAUGGCAUGCCAUCAAAUAAUAGAUGAAGAUGUUUUGAUGAAAUAUGACGUUUGGUAUUAUGGUAAAAAAGAACCGACAAGAUGGAACACUGCAAAAGAUAAAGAUUUUUCAAAUUGGAAAUUUAAACCCCACUAUAAGAAAUUGUUUAAUGAUCUCAUGUGCUGGUUCUUUGAAAAGUUGAAUGAAGAUCUGGCAAAUUACUAUGUAUGUGAGCCGGUAUCUCGUAACAGUUUAAAACGAAACGGUUGUCUAAAUUUGAAUUACGAUGAUAUUAUAAGUGAACUUAGAGAGAAACUUUACCCAACUCUCAAUAUAACUGAAUACAACAAUUUUCGUGCACUAAGAAAUAUAAUUCAAAGCUUUAUAGUUUCAGUUUUCAGGAAAAGGUUGGAUUAUUGA